GAAAGAGCAAGCUGCAAGUGCAACAUUUUUGUUUGAAGAACACAACAAUCACAGCAGUUCUUUCAGGUCACCGAACUAUCUCUUUUGUCGAUGUUGUUCUACUUGGCUCCACAUCAAUUGGGUUGACGUCCUUCUGCUAUUGGGGAUGUCGACUGCCGAGCAAGAUGAAGACCUUGAUCAGGAUAUGCCCAAUCUCGACUUGGGAGAAUUGGACAUAACAUCAGUUGAGGAUGAUAUCCUCGAUGUCAGCGAGGCUGCUGGUCACAUUCAGGCCAAUUUGGAUGAUGAGCGUGUGCAAGAAGCCCUGAAAAAGGGAGUGGAUUUGCGGCAAUAUGCCAAGCAGAUGGAGGAUGAGCUACAGAAAGUGGAGAAUGCUUCCAUUGGUGACUAUAUCAAAGCAAGUGAGAGUAUUGCCAGUCUGCACUAUCAGAUCCACUCGUGUGAUGGCAUCCUCGAGCGAAUGGAGCAGAUGCUCAGCAGUUUCCAGGCUGACCUUGGUAGCAUCAGCUCGGAGAUUCAAAGCCUGCAGGAGCAGUCUCUGUCCAUGAAUGUUCAGCUGAAGAAUAGGCAGUCGGUGCGGAGUGAGAUCAGUCAGUUUGUUGAUGACAUGUUUGUCAAUGACACACUUGUCAAAGUUAUGUGUGAUGUCAGUGCUUCCGAGCAGCAGUUUGUGGAGCAACUACAUGAGCUGGAUCAUAAGAUCAAUUUCCUCAAGGAGCAGGAUUUCCGAGAGGCAAUGUCCGUGAAUGAUGUCCAUGACAUUGUGGACAAAUUGAAGAUAAAGGCAGUGACCAAGAUCCGUGAGUUCCUCAAGGUCAAGAUCUCUGGCUUCAGGCGGCCCAUGGCUAACUACCAGGUUAUGCAGAACACGCUGCUCAACUUCAGGUAUUACUACGAGUUCUUGAUGGCGCAUCACCGCGACACUGCGCACGAGAUACGAACGGACUACGUGGACACGAUGGGCAAGAUAUACUUCUCCUACUUCAAGACCUACUAUAGUCGACUCAUGAAGCUGCAGUUUGAUGAAGUUGCAUCAAAGGAUGACCUCAUGGGCGUUGAAGACACGGCUAAGAGAGGGUUCUUCAAUGCUGCCAGCCGUGUGGCUGUGAGAAAUCGUACCGGUGUCUUCACUCUCGGUGAUCGUGCGUGCAUCCUGACUACAGAGUUGGAAGACCCGGCCAUCAUUCCCCACUCAGCUCAGAAAGUGGAAAAGAAAUACUCGUUCGAGGGCUUGUUCCGGAGCCUGCACUAUGCCCUACUGGACAAUGUGUCGCGUGAGUACCUGUUCGUGGUGGACUUCUUCUCGCUGUCCGGUGAGAAUGCGCAGCUCGUCUUCAACGCUAUCAUGGGCAAGGCUCUUACCUACCUGUUGCGUAACUUGGAAGCGUACAUUGAGGGUUCGUUCGACGCCAUCAGCAUAUUCCUGUGCAUUCAUGUGCUGUACCGCUACGAGGGUAUCCUCAAGCGGCGCAACGUGCCGUCAUUGGCAAGCUACAUCCAACGUCUGCAGAACCAGCUGUGGCCGCGCUUUGAAACAAUUGUGGAGUUGAACCUGUCCAGCAUUCGUGACUGUGAGCCCAGCAAGCUUGGCCAUAUCGACAUCCGGCCGCACUAUAUCACACGUCGCUAUGCAGAGUUUUCAGCAGCCAUUGUUGGCAUCAACGAGAGUCAGCCUCAGCACAAGGUGUUAGAUCUCCUGGGUCGCCUUCAGCAGGAAGUGGAGAACUUCAUCUUGCGCAUGGCUGCCGAGUUCCCUGGUCGCAAGGAGCAGCUAGUAUUCCUUAUCAACAACUACGAUAUGAUGUUGGCUGUGCUGACGGAAAGAACCUCGGAUGAUUCGAAGGAGUCGGAGAGCUUUCAGCAGCUGCUGAAUGCGCGCACUGGCGAAUUUGUUGAAGAGGCGUUAGCACCAGGCUUUGGAGGGUUGAUGACGUUUGUGAAGGACACUGAACCGCUGGUGGAGAGAGGGCAAGCAGGCCGUGUCAAAGUCGAUCAAGGCCGCUUGCAGCAGAUUGUACGCGGCUUUUCCAAUGACUGGAAGCGCAACAUUGAUGCUAUCAACCAGGACGUGAUGCGCUCAUUUUCCAACUUCAAGAACGGCCAGGCGAUCUUGCAGGCCGUGCUGACGCAGCUGAUCCAGUACUACCAUCGCUUCACCAAGAUCCUGUCCCAACCACCGUUUGCCACCAUGGCUGGCCUCCGCUCGCAGCUUGUCAACAUCCACCAUGUCAUGGUGGAAGUCAAGAAGCACCGUACACAGUUCUAGUGUUCGCCACCAUGGCUGGCCUCCGCUCGCAGCUUGUAUAGUAGCGUUCGUCUGGCUCAUCUGCAAGGCCCUGCAAUCAAUGUGGUAUAUUCUGAUACUCGCCUGGCCUUUAAUUUAACCCUCAAUGCUCACUUACCGAGUCACAAUAUGUGCUCUACCUUGGAGACGAAGUGCAAAUGUUGAAGAGAAGUUGUUGUGCACCUCGUCCGUUGUAUUUUACUUAUUUUUAGUUACUUAUUCCUGUAGAAAAUUUCAUAUUGACCUUGGUAUCUUGUCGCGUGCUUUUUCUUUUGCUGGUGUUUUUCAAUCGCGACGAUAUAGGUAAACACAUGUACAUAUUUUAAAUACACCUAUCCCAUAUUAGUCGUGUCGGUCUCUUGUCUUUGCUAUGAAUUGUUUAGUAGGUCUACUCUUGCGCUGAUCAUCAGUAUUGCUGCCGAGUAUUGUGCUUUGUGUAAAUUUAUGCGCUGCUAAUUUAGCUUACUUUCCUGAGAAUGUAUAGUGAUGAAGACAAUAAUUAUUAUUAAUUAUUA